CAUCAUGCAACAGCAAUCACAAAUUAAUGUAAACAUGAAGAUUGCAUCGGCUGCAUUCAGUCUUGACUCUUGACAUUUUAUUAUUCUACAAAGUUAAAGUGAAGUAAACUUGAACUUCUAAAAGUGCUUUGUUUUUAGAAAUACAUUAUAAUUUUUUUUAUUGAUGGAAAUGAGCUCUGAAUGGUAAAUUACAUAGGAUUGCAGGUACCAGAGUUAUAUUACUGAAAUCCUAUCAAUUGCCCAAUCAUGGGGAAGGUUAGAAAACUUCGACAAAAAUACCAUAAUCUAUUGAAAAAAGAAAAAGAACAAAAAGAGGAACCCAAAGGAUUAUCUUACGAUGACGUGGUGUCUGGAAAUUUUGAUAAAAUCAAUCUGCCUUCCCGUAUGGACUGUGAUUUGACAAAUCCGUUUGCCAAUAUUAAUAUAGAUAUCAAUCAAUUGAAAACUAAACUCUCAGAUGAUUGUAUAUCUGUAUGCUCAAAUGUUUCCAAGCGGCUCACCAAGUAUGAUGCAAACGGAAAACUGCUCAAAAAGGAUGAGAAACGGAAAACUUAGACAUGAACUCUUUUUAAAAAAAUUGGAUAUUGUGAAUCAAGCUAGACGUGAGGUCCGAACUAAGAAGAGGAAGAAGAAUCCAAAAAAUGACGGCUUAAAUAAAGUGAAGGGAAUAGAUGAUGAUGCUCCCCCUACUCUGGUUCCUAUAGGAAAGAAGAAGAACAAGAAGAAUGCCAUACCUAGACCUACUAAGAAGAGAGGGAUUGAGAAAACAAAAAAGCGAAAACAGAAUAUGCUUGACGAUAUUGCUGCAUUUCGAGAAGUUGUUCGCCAGAAACUGGAAGAAGGCGAUGUUUAUAAUUCAGUGAGCGAAUGUGUCCUUAAGAAAGUUCUAGAGGAAGCUUCCAAUGAAUAAAUAUACACUAUGAUAGAAAUAUACUGUACCACUAAAUUGUAUAUAGAUUGAAGUUUUAUAAUACAAAACUGGUAUUAUACGGUAAGAGUUUUCUGUGAUUUUUAAAAUCUCGUUCUACUUGCUUUACUUUGUAUGUAAAUAAAGUUGUUUAAUUUUUAAAUAAUUCUUCUAUAUAUAUGAACCUUGGAUUAAAUCGGGCCUUGACUUCAAAUACUAAAGAAGCGGUUUGAAAAAGUGGUCGCACUGUUAAGCUAUCGUUUAGAUAACUUGAGAAUCAUGCGCCUGAUGCUACCGUUGGAAGGGUGACCGCUUGAGCCAACUCCUCUCAAUAUUAUUCAUGAGUUGUAAAAUCGUUUCUCGGUGGUUCGGAAUCCACCUAAAACUGUAGGUCAAUUCAUCUCUCAUGAUCAUCAGCCUCUUUACUCACGCACAAGCCUAGAGCUCAUGUGGGCAUCACCCUCGGAAAAAAAACAACCAAGUCAUAGACUCGGUUGCAUAAAAGCUUGUUAAAGUUUACCUUGAUUAAAUGCCACGAGAACCAAUCAGAGAAGGUUUUUUUUUAAAGAGAGCUUCUCUGAUAGGUUCUCAUAGCUAUUAAUCAAGGUUAAAAUAUAACAGGCUUUUGUGCAACCGGGUUGAAUAUAAAACUUGAAAAUAUCCAUUUAACAUUCGUGGGCUAGAGAAAUUUUUUUUUAAGUUGUCAACUCAGUAACUGUGUAUGUAAGGGAUGCCUUGAAUCUAGAUAAUUUCCACAAUUCCAGCUGACAUUGGUUUAAUAUGGAAUACAAACUGGGAGUAUAUUAGGAAUGUGAAUGAAACACUUGAAAAUAAUCGUAAUUUCGUAAAUUUAAAGACAUGUUGAAUUGUCAUACUGAACAAAUAAGAAGCUUGAAAUAAUAACCUUGAAAAACAAUUUAAUUGAAUUAGAAUGGAAUCCUUUGUUUGUUGACAAACAACAGAAUUGAAUAACAAGCUUUGAGAUCUUGUAGAUUAGGGUUUCUGCCUUGAAGGCCAUUCAGUCACGUUCCUCGCCUCUUUUCAGUGAAUCAACAUUUUGGAAACAACUCUCCUAUAUUUCUAGGCCUAUGAAAUGACAUAUCAGUCCAAUUAUUAUUAAAAACACUUUUGAACUUUAUGGUCUCCUUGAAAACGAUUUACCUUUAACUAAUAUUCAUCCAAACCAUAAACACUCAACCAAUGAUCCUCUUUUCCAAUCAAUUUUAGAAACUGAUUGCUUUUAUUCUCACUGUGAAAUAUGAUGGUUAACUCGUUAACCAUUCAACUGUUGAAAACACUUGAUUCUACAAGCCAAGGACUUCCGAUACUCUUUGAGUCGUGGUCGUAACGGUCCUUCACCCAACAAUCUAUGGGUGGUUUAUCAAACAGCCGAUUACUGACGAGCGUUCCAACCCAGAAUGGGACACAUUGGCUAAUUCUCACCAACAGCUGAUUUCAGCCAAUCAUAGGACAUUCUGGGUGGCCUGUUGUUUUGUUGGAAUGUUAUUCAGUCGCCAACUUGAGAUCAGAAUAAUUUCACAUAUCAUCAUCAUAUGUUGUUGAUAUUAAUACUCACCUGAUCUAUCUAUUCUAGUUAUCACGGGAUAACCAAGGUUAUUGAGUUAUUCUGAACUGUGCUCAUAUUAUUUACUUCUUAGGCAUUGCAGAAUUCAGAAUUGUACUUUUCCAGUAAGAUGUAGAAUAACUAUGACAUUAUUCAGGCUUUAUGAUUCAAGCAAUGUUAUUCAUGUGACAUUGAAAAUCGAAAACAUUUUUGUCUGCCAGAAAAUUUAGUUGAUGAAAUAGAACUUCUCUUUCGAAAUAGUAUAUAUUAUAUCAAGAAUUAUUUUUUUCAUCAAGUUGAAACGCGCUCAACAGCUAAGUUGUGUUGUUUGUUGAAUUGUUUACUAUUUUGAAGGCAUUAUGCUGUGGGAAAGUGCUACACCUGAUUUCUUGGAAGACAGGGAGAUUCUCAACUCAAUAGAUGAGUCACCUAUACCGAGGUUAUCAAAAAUCAUUUGCACAAUCAACUCAAGAACUGCCACUGUUGAAAUGAUAGAGAAAAUGAUUGAGUCCGGAAUGGAUAUAGCUCGUUUGAAUUUCGCCCACGACGAUGCUGAACAUCAUCUGCAAGCAAUCGCAAAUAUAAGGAAAGCUGUCAAGAACAUUCAAUCCAGAUCCGAAACACAUUUGGAUGUAGCAAUUGCAAUCGACACCAAAGGACCGGAAAUCAGGAUUGGGAUGUUUGAAGGAGGACCGGAAGCACAGAUUACAUUGAUUGAAGGUAAAACUUUGCGACUAAGUACCGAUCGUGCUUACAUGAAGAAAGGUAACUCAUCUGUGGUCUACAUUGAUUACGAAGAUAUUCACGAGGUAGCUACUCCAGGAAUGAAGAUUUUCAUAUCCUCAGCAAUUCUAACAUUAGAUUGGAUGGAAGAGAAUGAUAUAUUAUGUUCUGUUCUACAAGGAGGAGUUUUAACUAGCUAUGAUGAGGUCACUGGAGAAGGUAUGUUCAAAUUGAAAACAGAAUUGUCAGCUAAAGAUCUGUCAUACAUCGAGCUGGCAAUUCAAGAGCAUGUGGAUUGCUUAUUUUUAACGUAUACAAUGAGCCAGGACAGUGUUUUAAAAGUAAAACAUUUGAUAAAAGAUUGUGGAGGCGAUAUGCUUGUGUUUGCCAAAAUUCAAAAUAAGAUCGGUUUGAUGAAUAUAAAGGAGAUUUUAAAUGUUGCAGACGGCCUGAUUGUGUGCAGACAUGACUUGGGCAUUGAAUUUCCUUCCGAGAAAGUUUUCUGUUGUCAAAAAAUGGUGUUGGCAAGGUGUAAGGAGGCUGGCAAGCCAUGCAUUUGUUCCAACAGUUCGCUGCAUUCGAUGGUCGAUGAGUCUGUGGCCUCCUACUCGGAAUGCUUUGAUUUAGGCAACUCUGUAUUGGAUUGUGUGGACGGUGUCCUGUUGUCCAAGGUGACUGCAAUAGGCAGACAUUCUCUGGAAAGCAUCCGGUUUACAGCAGGUGUCUGCAAAGAGGCUGAGUCUGUAGUCAAUCAUAAAUUGGUGUUCGAUGCUGUCUCCAUAUUCCAUGUUGACAACCCUGCACGAUCCGUAGCUUUUACAGCUGUUACCUUAGCAUUCAAAACUAAUGCGCAGGCCAUCAUAGUGAUUUCGACGUCAGGUAGUACCGCUAAAUGGAUGUCUGUCUACCAUCCCCCUUGUCCGAUUGUGGCCAUUUCGCGCCGAUUGUUCGACACAAGAAAACUUUGCUUUUAUCGUGCAAUCUUUCCUGUGCUAUAUAAAAAACCCAUUGAAAAUGAUUGGGAGGAGGACAUACAGGAAAGAUGGAAAUUCGGUGUGGAAUAUUGCAAACAAAUGCAAUUUGUUGAGGCAGGAAAUGCCGUAAUUGUUGUGACUGGUUGGAAAAUUGGGGCAAGUCAUACAAAUAGUAUGAAAAUUGUUACUGUUACUUAAUUGUAUAAUACUGUUCCUACUUUCAUUUUUGAAUAUUAUUUUCAUUCAACAAAACAUUUCUUGGUAAUUGCAAUGUAUUGUAUAAUUUUGUACAUUCAAUUAUUAGUAUUAUGUGAUUUACAAAUAAAAUCUCUUAAAUAAAUUAUGAAAAUCAGAAUACUUCAUUCAAUGAAUUGAGAAAUUAUAAAAAGCUCUACUAAGUUGAAAAUUAUGUUGAAGUGAAUUUCAAAACACGAUGAAAAACUUAUAAGAUGUCAGCCGCGCAUGCAAACACCUUUUAGAGGAGGCGAAGGUAGUGGGUAGCGGGGAAGGUAGCUGAGAGUGUUGAAAAGUAAUGCGUAUACAUUAUAUAUUUUAUUAUUUUUUUAUUAUUUGUAAUGAACAUAUAUAAACCACCAAAAAAAAAAAAAAAGAA